AUGUCCACUCAACAGCAACAACCCUCCCAACCCGAUCCUGGCCGCACACACCUGAGACACGACCUCGACUCCUCCUCCCAUCAGCAAUUGCCCGUCAGACCGUCCUCUAAUUCUGCUCUUGCUUCUCCUCCUUCUUCUAUGCAAGACAAUCAUCAUCGACAUCAACGCCGAACGGCACUUGAAGAUUCAAAUUCCCUAAGGCAUCAACAUCAAGGCCCUAUGGAAUACACAACUACCACAACACACAUACCACCACACCUACCUGGCAUAGAAUCAAUACCUUCAAGGAAAAGAGAGAGAGGAAACAACAAUAUGGCGGGAAUGUUUGAUCAAGAGCAGCAACAGCAACAGUUCACAAGAGACGGAAGGCCUCAACCUACACAUCACGGAGACAGUGGUUUCACAAGUGGCGACGCUUCGAUGUUUCCAAGUCCUCCACCUGAAGACCCGAGAGACGAGGCCAUGCUCGGGUGGAAAUUUGGGUCCUCUGGAGGGAGUGCGGCCUCGGGAGCCGGUGACGGAGCCGAAUCGGCCUCAGAUUGGUUCAACACUUUUAAUCGUGAUGUUGGAGGAAAUAAUUAUGCUCAACUAGAUGACGAUCCUCCUUACUACCUCCCAAAUAAUGCCUACAAGAAGAGCGCCGUCGGCAGUAUUUCUCGAUACUCCCGUCUUAACAGAAUGUAUCCAAAUAGAAGUUCAAGAGCUGAGGAAAGCAACAGCGAUAGCUUCCGAAGCGUCAUUGAUGACCUCACCAUCAAGAACCAAAAACUCAAGAAGCGUCUAAAGAAACUCGAAGGUCUCCAUGGCGGUGGUUUGGCCGAAGAGAAGUUGUUCGAGGUCCGAAUGCAUGGACUGCCAUUACACAAGAAGCAGGAGCUUGAACGUUUACUACAGGGAUUCGCUUCAACUCUUGACAGCGAUCAAUCACCCGUCUCAUCAUCAAAGAAAUCUCCGGAGACUUCUUUGAGCCCUAGCUUACCCUCAAUAAACCCUUCCACUUCAUCACUUAACAUUGCCGACUCUGCAUAUGCUUCCAACUCACGGUCUGGGACCACAUCGGUUGCACCAUCAUCCCAUGUCAAGACAAAGUCUCAUGUCGCUCGCUCCUCAUCGGCAAGUGACAAGAUGUCUGGUGGUAGCGUAAUGUCUUCCUCUCCACUAGCACCACCUACUUCAGAAAGGGCAAAGAUGAAGGAGGUCGUACGGAAGCUCGAGCAACUAUUCACCGGCUAUAAGUCAAAGAACUCUGGAUCCACUCCAGAAAGCACCAAUUCUGAUCGUUCUGGUUCAAACGUUGGGAACGUCAUACCCGAGGAGGUUGUCUCGCAGUCAGAACCACACGCUAUCGGAUCGGACGCGGUUACGGACCAACGUCCCACCAGGCCUAAAGACCUCGAUCCCAAGCGUCUGACAAAGGCUGAAGACAACAUUGAGUAUCUUUCCAAUCUGACACACAGCGCGGUGGUAGGAACCAGAGCCGAGGGAUUGGGAGAUGGAUGGUUUUACUUGAAUUUGAUAAUCAACAUGGCACAAUUGCACACCAUCAGCGUCACUGUUCCGUUCGUCAAGAAGGCUAUCAUGGCUACUAGUGAUAAGUUGGAAUUGUCUAUGGAUGGGAAGAUGGUACGGUGGAGAGGCGGUCUGGAGGGUACAAGGUUGAGCAGUGAGAGUUCAUCGGGGAGUGGUGUUGACAGUGCGAGUAUCACUAGUGAUGGAAGUCCUGAAGACUGGGAUGGUAUGAGGAAAAGAUCACCAAAUGAUUCGGAUGGAAACCCCAUGUCAAUUGACCCAAAGUCAAAAUCCGGAUCACGAGGAAGAGCGAGCUCAUCAAGCCGAAGACUCCCAGCACUUUCUCCGCAAAGCAUGAGCGACAAAUUUCACUACAAACCCAUGUUUGCCCAAUCUCAAUCCUUUGACGACGACACUUCCAGCACACUCAGUACCUCAAUGGGAUCUUACCCACGUGGAAGUUCAGAUGAGGGGGGUAUGACUAGUGUGACAAAAAAGACAACUCCCCUGGACGGGCCAAUCAUCUACUACGAGGGCGGAAAAUUCUGCACGGACCUGACUACUCAAGUUGUGAGAGAUGGCAAAUAUCUCACGGGAUUCCCAUACGAGAGAUUCACAAACAACCCAAUUGGAGAAAGGCCGACACACGUGCCAUCAAGCCCAAACACCAAAAGGGAAAGCCCGCUAUUCUCAAAGGACACGCCACCGUCAAUGCCCUCGGACAAUGAUUCUAUGAAUAUCGAUUCUGACAUUGAUGUGGGACUUCAAUUUUCACCGCAAUUUUCUUCGUGUAUCACCCAUACCCCCCCUCCGCCAAUAGAGUUGGAGGUCUCUGGAAUCGGUGGAGUGCUUCCGGAUGACAACUUUGCAAUUAACGUGCAAAAGAGGCAUUUUUUGCUCCCGCAAAAUGCCAACGGUGCACUGCCUUGUUCAAGGAAGAAGUUGUCCAAAUCGAGAAUUCUGAGGAAGAUCUCGCAUUCAAUCCCGAAAUCGUCGAUCGAUGUUUUCCAACAGAACGAGAACUUGACCGAAUCGGGUGAGGAGUCAUCCGAUGAGGGAUCCGAGGACGAGAGCAACUCGAUUGUAGAUUCUGGAGACGAGCGCUCUGCCGAAUCAGAUGCCGAUGAUUCAGCAGACUCGGAUUCGGAAUCUUCGGAACCAGCCGUUACCAAAAACACCCGCCGAAAACUCCAUCGUCAUAAGCUCAUGAACCCCGAGCUUGUGUCGGCACACAUACUAAGGCUUGAACCUUCGCAACUUCCUCCUGCCAGCUACGGGUGUUGGGCACCUUCAGAUGAAACCUCUUCCGUUGAUACAGAUUCCGGUGCCGAUCCUCUCUCUUCGAGCUCAGAAGGUUCUUAUCUUCGCGCAAUGUUGGGGCGUGCAAGCAAUACCAACUGUUAUAGCAACUCAGGUGACGAUGAAGAUGACCUGAGCCAUGACAUCCUUGCCGCCAACGGAAUGAAAAUCUACCGACCUGCAGUACCCAGGACCGAAUCUGGCGAGGCUGGUUCAUCUGCCGCUACCGCUGGUGACGCUAGUGGUUACUCAAGCCCUGCAGUAGUUCCCGUUAACGAGGCCAAUAUGAUCCAACCACCGACAAUGGGCAUCAUGGAUUUGGGUGGAGAUGACUGGGCUGAUAGUCCGGACAGUGGAACAAGUGGAGAUCAAUUCUCAUCCUCGGCUGGGGAUGACGAAGAGGAUGGUUUUGGGAUGUUGGAUGAUAGGCCAACACUGAAGAGGGGACGUUGCUCUGGAACCUCGUCAUCGGAAAGCGCUACCGGGCUUGUCCGCAAGGCUAGGAAGAGUGAGAAGGGCAUCACGUUGGAUGACGAUUACUGA